GACUUGAUUUGAAAGAUGCAAUGACGCUUUUUCAAAAAUUUGGUGAUGAUCUUGAUGUUGCUAGGAAGUGUAAGAUAUUGGAGAAAAAAAUAAAAGAAUAUCAAGAUUCCUUUACUUCUAUUGAAAAGUGCUCUAAACCAGUCAUUGUAGCUGUACACGGAGCUUGUGUAGGAGGCGGCGUAGACAUGAUUUGUUCCACAGACAUUAGGUACUGUUCAGCAGAUUCAUGGUUUCAGAUUAAAGAAGUUGAUCUAGGAAUGGCUGCUGAUGUUGGAACAUUACAAAGGUUGCCAAAAAUAAUUGGAUCUCAAAGUGUGGUCAGAGAACUUGCCUAUACUGCUAGAAAAAUGGCAGCUCCAGAAGCUUUAAUGCUUGGUUUUGUUAGUCAAGUCUUUAAUGACCAGAAGGAGUUGCUGGAGAAAGCUCUGGAUCUAGCAAAACAAAUAGCAAGCAAGAGUCCAGUUGCUGUUCAAGGAACUAAACUUAGCUUGAAUUAUUCACGAGAUCACACUGUUGAUGAGGGAUUAAACCAUAUUCUAAUGAGGAAUCAAGUAAUGUUGCAAAGUCAAGAUUUCGUUGAUGCAGCUGUAGCACUGGCUACAAAAGGAGAUCCACCAGUUUUUUCAAAAUUGUAAUAACUACUAAG